CAUUGAUGCUCUGCUGCGCCCCUCGCGGUCUAACAACGCGAAUACGAUUCGCACGUUCUUUUACGCCGAGACGUCAAGAUGCCUCCAAAAAAGGAUCAGAAGGGAGGGAAGCCAACGCAAAAAUCUGCGAAGCCAAGUGGAUCGGGCAAGGCUAAGAAGAAGAAGUGGUCCAAAGGAAAAGUUCGUGAUAAGUUGAACAACUUGGUUUUGUUUGAUAAAGCAACUUAUGACAAGCUGUAUAAAGAGGUUCCAAGUUACAAAUUGAUCACACCUGCAGUGGUUUCGGAAAGAUUGAAAAUAAGAGGAUCUUUAGCAAGAGCAGCUCUAAAAGAACUUUUGCAAAAAGGUCUUAUUAAACAAGUUGUGCAACAUCGGGCUCAGUUGAUCUAUACAAGAAGUACUACUGGAGAACCGGCAUAGGAUGGGAUUCAUUCAAGAUCAUUGCAUCUGUUUUAAGUUAUAAAAUAAAUGUAAUUGGAAAAUGCCUAAUGCCUAUUCCAGCUGGCAGGCCAAAGACAA